AUUAAUGCACUUAUAUCUCUCUCUUUUUAUUUAUUUAUUUAUUUAUUUAUUAUAUGAGUUUGUAUAAAUUAAGACCACCUCUCCCCGUCGUCUCUCCUUAAAAAUCUCCCAUUUAGAUUUAUUUCAUUAUUUUAUUCGUUAUUAUUUGUCAUUCUGUUUUAUUUUUUUUCCUCCAUUGCUUGCCCUAUAAUUCAAUUUCAAUCAACUUGUAAAAUUUGCAACAUUUGGGAUGAAAUCUGGUCGGAUCUUUCCUUGUGGAGUUUUAUUUCAAUACGAACUCUUUCUCUUCAUCACCACCUUCCUUUGAACCACCAGAACGAAUAAAAAACCAACCCCAACCUCUGAAACAAACACACGAAACAAUCUUUCUCAAUCUCAGCACAAUCCCAUUGCUCUCAAUACAUAAUCUGUCUUUGGUUUUUCGGAUUGGAUCUUGAGUUGGAACAAUGGGCAUAACAGCAGAAUCACAGUUUCAUGUUCUGGCUGUUGAUGACAGCAUCAUAGAUAGAAAGCUUAUUGAGAGGCUACUUAAAACCUCUUCAUAUCAAGUUACGACAGUUGAUUCAGGCAGUAAAGCUUUAGAAUUUCUGGGUUUACAUGAAGGUGACACAAACGACCCAAAUACACCCUCUGUUUCUUCUAACAAUCACCAGGAAGUUGAAGUGAAUCUUGUUAUUACAGAUUACUGUAUGCCUGGCAUGACAGGCUAUGAUUUGCUCAAGAAAAUCAAGGAAUCUUCAUCUCUAAAAACCAUACCAGUAGUUAUCAUGUCAUCUGAGAAUGUCCCUUCAAGGAUCAGCAGAUGUUUAGAAGAAGGUGCAGAAGAAUUUUUCUUGAAGCCAGUCAGGCUAUCAGAUUUGAAUAAACUUAGGCCCCAUAUGUUGAAAACCAAAUUCAAGGAUCAAAAUAAAAAACAAGAGAAGCAAGAAGAAAAAGCAGACUUUGAAUCACCAAAACGACAAGAAAAAGAAGAAGAGCAGCAGCACCAGGAACAAUUAUUGCAACAACAAUCCAGCAAUAACAAGAGAAAGGCCGUAGAGGAAGGGCUUUCACCCGAGAGAUCAAGGCCUAGAUACAGCGGUAUCACAACUGUGGUUUGAUGAUCUUGCCAAAAAGAUGUCACAAUUUCUCUUUUUCUUUUGAAAAUGUAAUUCAGGUAAAUUUUCCUUUUUUUUUGGGGGGGGGGGUGUUUAGAUUUUUACUGUUGGUAUACAGGCUCUGAUAGAAGUGUAGAGAUAGAGUGGUUUCAUGUAUACAUCUUACAUGAAAAAGAAAGUUGAAAAUUCCCAAUUUUGUUGUGCUAAUUGAAUUCCCUAGACAAGAAAAAUAAAAAAAAGUGUAAGAUAACAGUAUGAUUUGAGAUGAUGAACUUAUCUUUGGAUUGGUGAUGCAACGGAACUGAUUGGAAAAUAGUAUGUCAGCCACACUUUCUUAUGAUUGAGAACUGAAUGGAAAAAAAAAAAAGAACAAUGGUUUAAAACCAAGGUCGUUUAGGGCCUAGAAUCGAUACCGUUAUCCGAGACCUUGGUCCAAUGUAUAAUAUGAUGGAUAGGACAAUGCACAGCCGAGGAAAGCUUAUUCAUCACUUGAAUUUUUUUGUUUUUUUAAUCAUUAGUCAUGAAUGGAGGGUGGAAUAUCCAACGCUGAAACAGCUCACAGUUUUCAUCAAAAGGAAUGGACCACAAAUCAUGUAUGUUGGAGCUUUCUUCCCUCAAAAACUGGAAUUGGUCGGAGGCAUCACCUUUGAUUCUGAAACCACUGACUUUUACACGAAACGGGAAGAUGAAAUCUUUGGUCUGAUAUGUUUUCUUGAUUUCGGGGCUGAUCAGGACCUUGUAUUGUAACUAACGCACUCAAAUGCUCUGACAUGAUUUUCAUCCUACCUUUAAUCACAGCCAUGGUCAUCCUAUCUUCAAUUCUCAAGGAUUUCCAUAUAUAUGAUACAUGUUAAGGCAGAGAGAGAUGAGUUUUAUUACUCUUUUAUUGGGGUUAAUAAUAAUUAUAUAGAGAGUGUUUGUCCUAGGAACCGAGUUCCAAUACUCCCCAUAACUAACCCCAGUUACCCAGUCAGUCGGGUUUGCUCUACUGCUCCAACCCAUAGCACACAUGGCAGCAGCCUACACCAUUCUUCUGUCAAACAAAAUUUGAAAAGUUAAGCUGAAUUUUUUGGGGUAUUUUACAAUUUAAUGUAACAUUUAAUAUCCUGUUGUAAGAUUUCGAUCAUUAAAGAAACUCCAAGGGAAUUUUUUUUUAUUAGCUUUACUUAACCUUCAAUUUUCAUAUGAAUCAUAAUUCAUAAUAAGUUAUAUUAUUAAUUGUUUUAAUAGGAAUAAUGUUAUUCAAAGUUACUCUACUAAAAUAGUCUUAAGAAUAUUAUUUGUUGAUCA